UUUUUUUUUUUUUUUCUUCUUCUUCUUUUUCCUUAUUUUCUUCCUCUCUUUACCUCUCUCUUACUUACUUCCUUUAUGUGAAUCAUGUUAAGUAGAACAAAUAGAAUAUACAUCAUGAUGUUCCUGAAUGGUGGCUUCUUUGUCACUGAAAUAGUUAUAGGUUAUUACGUUAGUUCCUUAUCACUGAUUGCAGAUUCUUUUCAUAUGUUGAAUGAUUUGAUCAGUUUAGCUGUAGCUCUUUGGGCAAUUCGGUUAGCCAAACGGCCAAAUCCAAAUCAAUCAAAAUAUUCUUAUGGUUGGCAAAGAGCCGAAAUAUUGGGUGCUUUAUUAAAUGGUGUCUUUUUAUUGGCUUUAUGUUUUACUAUAUUAAUGGAAGCUAUUCAACGUUUUAUUCAUAUGGAACCAAUGACUAAUCCUAUUAUGGUCCUCAUUACUGGAGGUGCUGGUUUGGUGGCAAAUAUUCUAGGUCUUUUCUUAUUCCACGAACAUGGUCACGGUCAUAAUCAUGCGAGUGAUGACAAUGCCGAUGUAGAAAAAGAACAUCAUCACCAUGAUGAUGGUGGUCAUUUGAAUAUGAAAGGGAUAUUUCUUCAUGUAUUAGGUGAUGCUCUCGGGAAUGUUGGAGUGAUGGCUGCAGCUUUAUUUAUUUGGCUUACACCUUACUCUUGGAGAUUUUAUAUGGAUCCUGCCAUUAGUUUGAUCAUUGCCAUCAUUAUUUUUAUGUCUGCUCUUCCUCUUGUGAAAGCAACCUCUUUUAUUUUAUUACAAGGUGUUCCUCGUAGUGUAAAAUUGGAUGAAGUCCGUGAAAGUUUACAACAAAUUCCUGGCGUGUAUUCAGUGCAUGAACUCCAUAUAUGGCAACUCUCCGACACAAAGUUUGUUGCUUCAUUACAUGUAUUAUUGACCGAAGACACUUAUAUGGAACUGUCCACACAAAUGCGACAAACCUUACAUCGAUUCGGUGUUCAUUCGGCAACUAUCCAACCUGAAUUUUUGAACAAAAAUGAAAAACAUCCUCUUCAACAGAUACCCAACUCCACCGAGGAUAUACUCGAAGAAGAUUGCGAUAUGAUGGAAAGUCAAAUUGAUGGGAUCAAUUCAGAUUCUACUACUUGCCUAUUACGAUGUGUAGAAAAUGAUUCUUGUUAUGAACAGGCCUGUUGUCCACCAUCUUAUACUCAGUCGUCUCUGACAGAUCCAACCUCUGGCAAUCGUCCUUCUCCCUCAUCAUCCAUAGAUUAAUAUAAUAGACAUAUAUAUAUAUCUUCCUCAACUCACUAAUGCGCAUUUUUUUAGUAUAGGCUAUUUUUCUUUUUUGAAUCAUAUUUUGUUUUAUUAUUAUCUUUGUGAAUACAUA